AGUAGCUAAGUACCCCUCUAGUGUCGGUAACUCUAUUCAAUGAAAAUGAAGAACAAGCUUUCAUGGAAGCUUCUUGUCUUUGUCUUUCUUUUCCAUUUCUUGUUGGCCUCGGCUUCAGCCUCUCAGUCACCUACCGUCAUUGUCAUCGGAGCCGGAAUAUCAGGAAUUACAGCAGCAAAAAGUAUACAUGAAGCAGGAAUACAAGACAUACUGAUAUUAGAAGCAAGUCAUAGGAUUGGUGGUCGUUUAAUGAAAACUCAGUUCAGUGGUCUUACAGUUGAAAAGGGAGCCAAUUGGCUUUUCGGAGGGGGGCCUGUUUUCAAUCCCUUGUUAGACUUGGCCAAAAAACUCAAACUCAAAAUUUAUCUUAAUGACUACCAAAAUAUCACAUCCAACACAUAUAAACAGAAUGGUGGACUCUACCCAAAACAAGUGGUGGAGAAAAUUGAUAAGGUGGCCACUGCAAUGGAUGAUUUCUGCGCAGCGUUUUCGAAAAAACUAUCUGUCCAGAAAAAGGAUAUCGAUGUCUCAAUUUUGGCUGCACAGCGUAUAUUCAAGAAGGCACCCACAAGUCCACUUGAAAUGGUAAUAGAUUACUAUCACAAUGACUUUGAAGACGCAGAGCCACCAAAAGUAACAAGUUUGAAGCACACAUACCCUAGAAACGAGUUGGUAGACCAUGGAGAGGAUGAAUACUUUGUGGCUGAUCCUAGAGGCUUUGAGAUUAUAGUUCAAUAUCUUGCUAAACAGUUUCUGUCUUCUUUGACUAAAGAUCCCAGGCUCAAGCUUAACAAGGUAGUUAGACAAAUAAAUUACUCGGAUGAUGGAGUUACUGUAAAAACUGGAGAUGGUUCUACGUACAAUUCCAAGUAUGUUAUUGUCUCUGCUAGUCUUGGUGUUCUACAGAGUGAUUUAAUCCAUUUCCAGCCAAAAUUACCUCUAUGGAAAAGAAUUGCAAUUUCAGAUUUUAGCAUGACCGUAUACACCAAGAUUUUUCUCAAGUUCCCUUACAAAUUCUGGCCUACUGGUCCUGGAACUGAGUUCUUUCUAUAUACCCAUGUCAGGCGGGGUUACUAUCCUUUUUGGCAGCAUUUGGAGAAUGAGUAUCCAGGAUCAAACGUUUUAUUCGUAACUGUAACAGCUGAUGAGUCAAGAAGGAUAGAGCAAUUAUCAGAUGAAGAAAUUGAAGCAGAGAUAAUGGAAAUACUUAAAAAAUUAUUUGGUGAUAAUAUUCCAAAACCAGAAGCAAUGCUUGUGCCCAGAUGGGGCUUGGAUAAAUUCUACCAAGGAAGUUACUCUAAUUGGCCUGAUAGUUACAAUCAAAAGCGCAAAGACCAUAUUCCAAAACCAGAAGCAAUGCUUGUGCCCAGAUGGGGCUUGGAUAAAUUCUACCAAGGAAGUUACUCUAAUUGGCCUGAUAGUUACAAUCAAAAGCGCAAAGACCAAUUAGCUGAUCCUGUUGGUCCAGUUUACUUUACAGGAGAGCAUACCAGCAAUAAGUAUAUAGGAUAUGCAACUGGUGCUUAUUUGGCAGGUAUUGAUACUGCUAAUGAUUUAAUUGAGUGUAUAAAGAAGAAAUCUUGCAAAGGGAGUGUAUAA